AUGGAUCGAGCGAAGACUGCCUCAUCGUUUUGGGCGCAGAAGCGUGAAGAAGUCAAGGCACCGACGGCAUCCACCCUCAUUCCCACCGUGGCUACGCCCAAGCAAAAUGGAGAGCUCACUGAAGUGAAGCCUCGCAUGGUUCUGAAGGGUGAGCAGAACUUCCUUGAUACAACCGACACGGCGACUGAAAGCAUGGCAGGUAUGACAAACGGCGCCAGCGCAACAUUUACUCAGAAGAAGACCAAUUGGGCCGACAGCGACGACGACGAAGACUUCAUCGCCAGCUUACCUGAUAGGAAGAGCCCACGCAUCACCGCGCUCGAGGCUGAGGUUGUGCAGCAGGUCGCGCAGAUUGUGACGCUUGAAGCUACUGUGUCUACGAAAGACGUGCGUAUCGCUGAACUUGAGGUCGUUGUCAAAGAGAAGGACACCUAUAUCGCCGACCUCGAGAGCAACGUAGAAGAGAAGGAGACAACCGCCGAGCAACUCAAGACUGAAAAUCAUACCCAGUUUUUGUACGUACAAGAAUUGGUUGGCGAAGUCGACGAAAAGAGCCGUCGUGUCCACCAGCUCGAGUCAGAGUUAGAUGAGAAAUGCGUUCGCAUCCGCGAGCUAGAAUCGAAGCUAGAAUCGGAGUCGGAGUCCUUGCCAGCGGCUGAGCACAUCCAAAAUGAUACUGACAGCUCAUCGCAAGACAAAAUCGAUGCAGCACCUGACGUCACUACUAUCGAUCCCCUACCUGAAGCUGUCUUGCACUCUGAGGCACAAGUUGACGGUGUCGAGGAAUCUUCAAUUCAAGCUCUUCCUAACAAAUAUGGCCCAACUGUCAACGAAUCUAAGUACCCGAAGUUGUGGUCGCCAGACAUGCCUAAGAACGUGGCUCCUGUUAAGAAGCCAAAGGUGUUGAAGAUGGCUAUCGAUACGUCCAAGUACGUUAAGAAGGCUCCGUCCGCUAUGGCAAAGAAGUCUGAGUCAUUGAAUGGUAAGACCAAGAUGAAGCCCACAUACGGCCAAUCCACUCGUCACCGUGCGAAGACUAGUGUGAUUCCGAAGUUCAAGGUCGAUCAGGACAUCCGGCACAUGUCACAUGCGGAUCGCGUACUCUUCGCCAACGGUCCUGAGGUUGAAGUCAUGCUCGGUAGUGCAUCACUCAUGCGGCUACCGAAAUAUAUCUUCAUGCAGUGUUCUUCUAAGGCUUACAAGUACUUCAUCAACAAGCCCGAUGCGACCUCGAUAACCUUCUCCACUGGCAGUAUGGACGUUGACGCAGCCAUGGCCCAUCUCCAUUGGAUGGACGAGAUGACAUACCAGGGUCGCGUUUACUCGCUUACUCUCAAUGCGGACGAGAAGUUCGACGCCAAGAACCUGAAGAUCUGCCAGGCUGCCCGUGUUAUGGGCCUGAACAACACGUAUGUCGGGCAUUUCACCAAGGUCAUAUGUGACCGAGUGCGCAAGAACAAUGCAUCGACAGGAUUUCUCUCCCUCAUCUGUGAGCUGGCGGUUCCGGACAACGACCCGAUCUUUGAUUGUUUGGCAAAUAACCUGGUGAACCAGCAGAACAGCAAGGGCGCACACCCAGCGCAGCCUGACGAGUUACUCGCCAAGCAUCCUCAUUUGGGAGAGCAGAUGAGCAAGAUCGAGCAAUUCGUGCAGGUCUCACGUGAGGGAGACAGGCGUAAGGGCCGAUUUGGCAGCCAUGGCCGAGAGGAAGCGUGGGAACAAGGCGUUGGGGGAAAGAAUAGCACUGCGUCCUAG